UACCCGAAGGGAUAACGUACGGGAUUCACGCAAUACAUAUUGUACUGAAGAUCCGUAAUGUCAAGGCGAGGAACCCUUGAAACCAUGGCUUCCGUUGCAACGUACGUUGAUCCCUGAGAGCUAGCUCGUUCCUGUCUCAAGAGUGUUGGAGUGCAUUUGCGGUGAACUCGCGAGUUGUAUGGCUUAAAAAUCUCCGCCCGGGUUUAAAGAUACAUCGCCCCCAUAACCGCGUCACCUUUCAGCCAUCUUCCUCCUCAUCUCGCUAAGGCUUCUUUGGGAGUUGAGACAUAGCAUAGUAUUAUAGCAACAUGGACUCACCCAGAAACAUCUAUCGACAAGAUGUCGAUUUCCGAAGCCUCGCAUUGGAGGACCCCGACUUCGCAAAGUUCCUCAAAGUCAACGGCCAAUUGGACUUUAACGACCCCGGCGCUGUGAGGCAGUUGACUAAAAGCCUGCUAAGGCGAGAUUUCAAGUUGAAUGUGGAGUUAUCCGACGAUCGGCUGUGUCCGCCAGUCCCUAAUCGCUUCAACUACGUCCUCUGGCUACAAGACUUAAUUGAUACAACGAACGAUGAUUACAGAGGCGGAUAUGAUCCCGAAAGGGAGGUUAUUGGAUUAGAUAUAGGAACGGGGGCCAGUUGCAUAUAUCCAUUGCUUGCAUGUGCCCAGAGGCCGAAAUGGAUGUUUGUUGCCACGGAUAUAAACGAUAAAAAUUUCCAGUACGCCCAAGAGAAUGUGAAGAGAAAUAAUUUGCAAUCUCGUAUUCGUGUGGUUAAGACCACAGCAGAAGAUCCCUUGAUAGCUUUGGGGGAUAAAGUGCCUUUUGAGAGACUACAAUUCACAAUGUGUAAUCCGCCGUUUUAUGAAUCCGAAGAGGAAAUGCUUGCCUCGGCUAGUCUGAAGCACCGCCCACCUAAUUCGGCGUGUACCGGAGCACCAGUAGAAAUGGUUACGGCGGGCGGGGAGGAAAGUUUCGUACAGAGAAUAAUUGACGAAAGCCUCAAACUUCGCAACAAAGUUCAAUGGUACACAUCAAUGCUCGGGAAACUGAGCAGUGUCACAAAACUUAUCGAGAAGCUGUUGGAAAGUGGUAACCAAAAUUGGGCCGUCACGGAGUUCGUGCAGGGGUCGAAAACACGAAGAUGGGCAAUUGCCUGGUCGUGGAGAGAUCUAAGGCCAACAAUGGCUGUUGCCAGAAACAUUUCCAGUAUUCCAAAACACCUCCUCCCUUUUCCCUCUGAAUUCACAUUUCACCCGGAGUUCGAGUCAAUCACGUUCCUCAUCCACAAGAUUGACGACGAAAUGAAGUCUCUUCAAAUGCUCUGGAGUUGGGAUCAACAUGUAUCGCGAGGCCUUGGAUUUGCAAUGGAGAAUGUUUGGUCCCGGCAGGCGCGAAGAAAGAGACAGCAUCUUAUAGUCGAAGGCCAAACGGCGGAAAGUUUAUCCAAAUCCAUCGAUGAGAGUAAGGCGGCCCUGGGAUUUGCUGUCCUUGUGAAACAAACAGGAAUAAAGAACGUAGACGUGAUUGUGAGAUGGAUUAAGGGGUUCGACUCAGUCCUGUUCGAGAGCUUCUGUGGAAUGCUAAAAGGAAAGUUGGAACCGCGAUAAAAGUUGGCUAAAUACGCUCUAGAUCCUCUAUCGAUAUGUCAAGGAUCCAACUUGAUGGCAUGCAAUGGCAUGUGUCCUCUCGCCUAUGUAAAGCUAAUUCGUGGUGUUUGCUUGCAUAUAGCCAGGUAAAUGAUCGAAUCUGUACAAAGUAGUGCUGGAAUACAUUCCAACAUUCGAUAUCCAUUAUUCCUCAUAUUUUGGCCUUGUUCGGUUUUUGUCUCUCAAUCAGCCCUGUCCGUGGAUCAAUCCCUUGGAACA